UUUGGCCGCAGCGAAUUAAGACUUUAACUCUGUGCAGUCUUGUGUCUUUAUCAGUUCCAACAAAAAAUGGCCUCCAAGGGCGAGUCUGUAUACUAUGCUCCGAUCCCAUCCGACCCGACCCACACCCAAUCCCAGCAAACCGUCGUCGUUUUAGCUCCUUACCGUCCCAAUCCUAACUACAGGAGACGACGUCGUCUCCGCCUCUGCUUCUCAAUCACCGCCUCCCUCCUUCUCCUCUCCACCGCCAUCUUCCUCCUCUUCCCCUCCGACCCCACCCUGCAACUCGUUCGGCUCAAACUCAACCACGUCAGAGUCAACUCGUCCCCCAGACCCACUCUCGACCUCUCCUUCUCUCUGACCAUCAGAGUGCGAAACCGCGACUUGUUUUCUUUGAACUAUGACUCGCUCCGCGUCACGGUGGGGUACCGUGCGAGAGAGCUAGGGUUUGUGAGCUCCGAUGGAGGGCGUGUGAGGGCCAGAGGGUCGUCGUACGUGAACGCCACGCUCGUGCUGGACGGGCUUGAAGUCAUCCACGACGUGUUUUACUUGCUUGAAGAUUUGGCUAGGGGUGUAAUACCCUUUGAUACUGAUACGGAGGUGGAAGGGACUUUGGGGCUCUUUUUCUUCAAAAUUCCUAUCAAGGCAAAAGCAUCAUGUGAGGUGUAUGUAAAUACAAACAAUCAGACAAUUGUUCGUCAGGACUGCAGCCCUGAGUGAAGCGGUUAAGAUCAAGGGACUGUAAGUGCAGUAGAAUCUGUAAUUUGGGAGCUAAAUGUGAAUGACAGUUCCAACAACUCCCUGUCCAUGUGCAUCAUCAAGUUCUCACUGAUCACAACUACUAUCAGCAUGUAGAAUGCGAGAGAGCAGUGUGCUUAUAUACCAAAAGUCAUGGAAAAGGAGGAUUCAUUUUACUUGUAUUUAAAUUACAGGGAAUAUGGAGUAAAGUUCCCUUGAGGAGAUAUCUUUUAUAUAUAUAUAAACUUGUUUUAUCAGUGUAAAUUGGUUAUCGGAAUCGAAUUUGGAAUUGAAACAUGUUAAUUUGUGAAUGUCGUUUUCAUAAACACUAGAGGCCAUCAAAUGCAAUAAUGAAACAUGUCAACAUUGGAAUAUUAAAAAUUGGUUUUGGACGGCAGGGACAUAUAAACAUAUAUUCUUUUCCAACACGAAAGGUCUCUCAAUUCGAGAGAUUACUGAUUGAUUUGUGUGUUUAUAUUCUAAUCGAAUUCUUUGACUAAAUGAAGACGGUAAUGAUGCUUCAUCUCGAUGCAUAGUAUGGCUUAUAAUUUGGAAGUAAUUAAUUAGUGGAGCUGUUUUUUCUCACAAUCCGACCAGUACCCCAGACAUACCCAGCAUGGUGUUGCCUGCACCGAAACGAGCCCGGAUGCCGGGUCGGCGAGCACAGGCACUGCCUUGUCGGGCCACCGCUGCCACCUCUUCUACCACCACCACUAGCAGCCUCCUCUUCGACUCUCAUGCCUGCAGCAGCAGCGGCAUGCAAAUCCACUGACGUCUGAAUCUGAACCACCGCAGGACCCUGCAGAAGAAGCCAUCUGCCAUGGUGAUGCAGCAGCGCCAAGUCUCUCAGCCUAACCAAACUAGGCACACCUGGGUGAGGCUGACACAUAAUAAUUUCUUACUGUCUUCUUCUUUCCGAAUUCUCCUCUGCCUCAAACCUGAAACUGAAAGCUACAGAGCAUCAUAUAGCUAGGAAUUAAUUAACAGGAGGAGGAAAAUUAAUAUUUAUAGCAGAGAGGAGGGAGGGAGGGUUGGCUAAGUAAAGUUAUUUGGCAUAAAGAGGUAGCUUUUUAAUUGAUGCCCAGGAAAGCUAUUUCCUUUUAGAUGCUUUAAUUCUUGACGAGGCAGGCUUUUGUGUUAAUGUUGUGUAAUUCUUUGUGUGUGUUAAGUUUAAGGUGGAGAUGAUGGAGAGAGGCCAGCCAAACCAGAGCUACACAUGUCCACAUCAUAUGCUCCAUGGACUAACAAAAUCAAAAUGCUAAAGAUAGAGUGGUUUCAUUUCCAACCAGGGUUAGAUGCUGCCUCUGUUUUGCCACGUCCCUUUGAUUCUGCCAGUUGGACACAAGUACAUGCUAGUUUUGGCUCAGACGGAUACACCUGUAUUGUGCUGAGUGGCGGCAAUAUGUAUGUAUAUUUAUACAGUCUUAUGAAGGGAGACUCGAACACAUAACCUUAAGUGCAUGAAUAACAAUUAUUAACUAGUUGAGCUACAGAUAUCUGCAAUUUUAGCACCGAGGUUUUGUAUGUUCUAAAGUCAGGCAGUUAGCUAGCAUAUUUAUUAAUUGUGGGCACUAGUUACUUGCUGAUAUGCCUGCAUGGCUGGUUUGGGAGACCUAAACAGAGGAUUUAGGUAGGUUUAUGACUAUGAUGGGUUAAUUAA